AUGGCAAACAUCGAGAAACUCCAGUUCCCGGCUCUGAAAGUAACCGGCGAAAACUAUGUCAGAUGGGUCACAAAUGUGAAACCCUAUCUUGUAAUAAAAAAGAUAACCGAAGCGAUAAAAGUCGGUAACAAAUCGCCACCCGAGCAUAUAGCCGAAGCGAUAAUCUUCCUGAAGAAGCACUUAGAUGAGAAUCUAACUCACGACUAUGGAGACGUUGAGGACCCAGCCGUACUAUGGCAAGCCUUGAAAGACAGAUUCGAUAAUCAAAAGGAAAUCAAUCUCCCUCACGCUCUUGAAGAGUGGAAAACCCUCAGGUUUCAGGAUUUCCAAAGGGUUAGAGAUUACAAUUCCACUAUCUUAAGGAUAGUUGCACAAUUAAAAUAUUGUGGUAACCCUGUCACCGAAGCAGAAAUGCUUGACAAGACAUACAAUACUUUCCACAAAGAACACAACGUCUUAUCCCGAAUUUACAGAAAAUGUGGGUACACCAAAUUUUCUGAAUUGAUGGUAACACUCAUGUUGGCUGAAAAGAACGAUGAGUUACUAAUCAAAAACCAUAAUUCCCGACCUACGGGAGCCAAGGCAUUUCCCGAAGUGAAUGCUACGGCGGUAGAAUAUUCGGGAAGGAGAAACCAGACCAACCGAGGUCGUGGUCGGCGUUUCAACAACAAACGUGGAAAGCCUUACUAUCCUAAAAGUAUUAGAUCUAACAAAUGGGUUAGAUCUGAACAACCUCCUAAAGGAAAAGAAACCGAAGAGGAUACCACAAAGAAAAGCGAGACUGUAUGUUACAGAUGUGGAUGUAAAGGACAUUGGUCCCGUACCUGUCGUACUCCCCCACAUUUGUGCAAGUUAUAUCAAGAGUCCAUAAAAGGAAAGGCUAAAGAGGUGAACCUCACAGAAAAUGUUGAAGGGACUUCAUACCUUGAAUCCUCCGACUUCGCUAAUGAGCUGGACUAG